AGACAUCCGAAGCGUUUAAGGAAAAAUUAAUUAUUAAACAUAAAAAUACAUAACACUUGACCGUUCAUCCAAAAAAAAACACUUGACCGUUAGUCCGCUCCUCUUCCUCGGCAUCAAAACCUACGUUGUACUUCCUCUGUUUCAGUGUAAGAAACUCUCUGAAAUCCGAAUCUAGUUUGACUUCAAUGGCUGCCGGCAGUCUUGUUUUCACGGCCGAUGAGACGGCGGUCGACGAAGGCCUUGGCUACCCCAAAGCCUAUGCUAAGCUGUGUAAAGACAGGAGCUUCAGCCCUUACAGCCGAGCCCCUCCUUUCACGUUUACUCCGUACGCCCUUCCUCACCAAGAGGUGAUGAGACUCAAGAAAUUCGAUGAUAUGUUUCCUAUUGUUGAUCCGAAUGCGAAACCCACGGCUAAGGUUAAGAUUUUCGUCAGGCUCUUAUGGAAGCAACUCAAUCACCUUGGGAAUGCUGGGUUUGAUCCUGAAAUUUUCCGUGUAGAUCCAUAUGGAAAUGUGUUGUAUUAUCAUGCUGAUUCAGCUUCUCCACUAGGUUGGAGUAUUGAUCAUUGGUUUCCUUGCUCAAGAGGGGGUUUAACUGUUGCAAGUAAUCUAAGAAUAUUGCAGUGGCAAGUAUGUAAGAAGAAGAAAAACAAGCUAGAAUUCCAAAUACCAUGGUGGGAUCUCCAAGUUGGUUUGUCCAUAAACCAGUUUUUAUCCAUCUUUGCCUCAAGAAAUUCGGACUUCAGGCAUAGGGCAUUUUCUUGGUUGUUCUCUGAAGCAGAAGAUCAAGAACUGAAUGCCACUCAAACGGUAGACUCCCAUGUUUUCCCACAGCAUUUCAUGGAAUCAAAAAAGAAGAUUGGUCUUUCUCCAGCUGCUGUUGUUCACAUCAAUAGAAGAGAACCGUAUGAUUCAGCACUCAAGUCCUUAGAUUUCAACAGAUGGCCAAGAUCAAGCACCUCUAUAAUUGCCUCCAAGAAACUAAAAGAAAAUGAGGACCCUGACAUGCUCAGCAGCAGCAAUCCUUACCAGGAGAUUGUGGUUGCCAGAAAUUCUUUGAAACAACGUGAAGAAGCCGUGAAGAUGCAGGCAGAAAUAAAUAAAUUAGAUGAAGAAGUGAGUGAACUAAAACAGAAAGGUGAGGAGGAGAACGUAAGCAUCCAAGAUUUGGAGUUAAUCCUGAUUAAGAAAAGGCGUCGUGCAGAGAAAUGCCGCAAGUUAGCUGAGGCACAGGCCUCACAUAGAACAAUGCUGGAGAAGAUGAUUCGAGAUGCUAUGCACCAGAGUGUUGUUUAUAAGCAACAAGUGAGAUUGAAUCUGGCAGCAAGUAAUUCACUUAUGGCAAGGCUUGAAGCUCAAAGGGCAAUAUGUGAUUCUGCAGAGAAAGAACUGUACUUGAAAUAUAAGCAGAGAGAUGAGUUAGAACAACAAAUAAGGCCAGAAUAUGAGCAGAAAAGGAAGAGAUCAAGAAUGGUUGAACAGAACUGGCAUGAUGAUGAUGACACUCCUGGAACGAUUGUGCUAUAUUCGCCAAACAAGGAGUCGAAGGUGGAGCAAACCCAUAAACAAUUAAGAGUCUUAUUGGAGGAAGAGCAGCAGCAUAAAACAUCAGCAGCAGCCAUUGAAGAAGAGCAGCUAGAACCUUUGAAAAUAGUCCAGGAGGAGGAUGGGAUAAAAAAGGUCAAUCUUGAGUUUCCAAUUUGUCAUGAAUCAGAAACGGAAGAGGAUGAAGAUAUUAGAAAGCAACGUGGGAAAGGAAAUGUGGAAAAAUGGCUUCAAGUUCUGUUGGAAAGCACAAAUGAUGCUACCACUGCUUCUAUUGAUGAUCAUAAUAAUGAUAAAGCUGGCAUAGUUGAGAUUCUCAAUUGUAAAUACCCUCACAAAGAAAUCAACAUUUCAACUGUUCUAGAAUCAGAAGAAGCUACUGCAGAAGACAAAAAAGGAAAUAGUGCAGAUGAAUUAGAUAUCAACAUUUCAACUGCUCUAGAAUCAGAAGAAGCUACUGCAAAAGACAAAAAAGGAAAUAGUACAGAUGAAUUAGAAGAUGAUGAUGGAGAGAAAAAAUGCAAGAACACUACUCUUCUCUUGAAUCCUCCUCCUCCCCCAUGUAAAAGACUCCAACGGCAAAGGAAAAGCAAUGCAAGUGCCAAUGCCGAAUGCAAAGAAGUUAGAGAUUCAUCUAAUAGAAAAGAAAGAGAAGAGGGUGAUGAGGAGGAUAGGAAACUGAGCAGGUCUGAAAGCGCCAGGGGAUUUAGGCGUAUUCCGUCUUCGCCUUCUCUGAUCUUAAGCGGCAUGAAAAAGAGAGUUGAUUGCCUGGGGAAGAAGCCAUUAGUGACCGGUGAUGAUGAAGACGAUGGUGCAGGUGAAGAGGGCCUAGCGACCAGGAAAAACAUCAUUAAAUCCUCCUUCAAAACAAUUGUGAAAGCAAUGAAGAUAUGACCCUCUCCUCGGUACAUUCUAUUUGGCUUGAAUUUGUGUGUGAUAGCAACAUUCAUUCUUUUGGAUUGGUUUGUGUAGUAGUAGUAGCAGCAGCAUUGUUUCAGAAUGUAACAGCAGCUUGUUAUGUGAGCAGAUGAUCCCCCUAUAGAACAUUCCUUAUAAGAUCUCUAUAUUGUACAUUGCUUUUAUUUCUCUAUACUGUAUAUUCAUUUUAUCUCUACAUUGCAUAUAAACUUAAACUUUAUUAAGUCUCCCA